UAAAACGCGUAAGCAACGAUAGCAAUCGCCCGCUCAAAUAAUACGAGGGAGGAAGUUGCAAAUUUGUGUCGAAGAAUCAGACAAUCAUGCGGCCCCCGAGAGGUGGUGGAGGGUUCAGGGGAGGUCGCGACGGUGGACGUGGCGGCGGAUUUAGAGGAGGCCGCGGGUUCGGUGGUCGCGGAGGUGGACGCGGUGGUGGUGGUGGUGGUGGUUGGCGUGAUGAAGGUCCUCCCGCCGAAGUUGUUGAGAUUUCGAGUUUUCUUCAUGCGUGUGAAGGUGAUGCAGUUACGAAGCUUACCAAUGAGAAAAUACCUUACUUUAAUGCCCCAAUUUAUCUUCAGAACAAGACCCAGAUUGGCAAAGUUGAUGAAAUCUUUGGUCCUAUCAAUGAGUCCUACUUUUCUAUUAAAAUGACUGAGGGCAUUGUGGCAACUUCAUAUCAACAAGGUGAUAAGUUCUACAUUGACCCAGCAAAGCUUUUGCCUCUCGCGAGAUUUCUGCCUCAGCCAAAGGGACAAUUUCAAGCUGGUGGAAGAGGUGGUCGUGGUGGCGGCAGAGGUGGUGGUAGAGGUGGUGGCCGUGGGGGUGGUGGUUUUCGUGGAAGAGGUGGCCCGAGGGGUGGCCGAGGUCCUCCUAGAGGUGGCCGUGGUGGUGGAUUUAGAGGCAGAGGGAGGUUUUAGAUCAAUGUCAUGUAAUAUUUUGAACGAGGUAUUCCUCCUUGUAUUUUCUUUUCAAAUGGCAAUGUGCACACAACAAUCAAAAUUUGAGUGCUGAUCUUUGUUGAAACAUCUGGCUGUUAGUUUACCAAUUUUUAUUCACUCAAUUACGUUUUUCUUGAUUA